CCUUUCUUGCAUUCCUACAUUAAAAAAAAAAGGUUGACAGAGAGUUGUUUAUAAUAUCUCUGCUGGUGAAAAUGGAUUAAUUAGAUUUUGGUUGGAGGAAAAUACCCACCCAACCAUGGCAGCAACCAUUCCUUUCUCUCUGCUUAGGAACUGCGCGCCAUUGAAACUAGCAACACCUUUCGCUCGCAAAGCCUCCAACUUUAAUCUUCUUCUCCCUCUUCAACCACGCAGGUUGGUCUCUAGUACCUGUGCUGUGAACAAUGAAGAGGCUGCAGCAAAAACAGCAGCUGUUAAUUUUGAUAGUGAAGCUCCAACAAUAUUUGAUAAGAUCAUAAAUAAGGAAAUCCCUUCGAGCAUUGUAUAUGAGGAUGAAAAGGUUCUUGCAUUUCGUGACAUUAAUCCACAGGCUCCGGUUCAUGUCCUAGUCAUUCCAAAAUUAAGAGAUGGAUUAACACAACUUGGGAAGGCUGAUAGUAGGCAUGGGGAAAUAUUGGGUCAACUUCUGUAUGCUGCCAAAAUUGUAGCUGAGAAAGAAGGUAUUGAUGAUGGAUUCCGUGUCGUCAUCAACAAUGGUCCCAGUGCCUGUCAAUCUGUGUAUCAUCUGCACUUGCAUGUAUUAGGUGGCAGACAGAUGAAUUGGCCACCUGGUUGAAGGUUGACUAUUACUUUUUAAAUUUUAACUGCCUAUUUUCUGAUGAAUCUCUCAUGGAUAUUUCUUCAUCAAGAGUUGUAAUUUUGAGACCUACAUAUAAAUAAUCUUGCAACAACUGAUCCUUUAGUUUGGUUAUAUGAUUAUUCAUUGGGAGCUUAUCUAUGAUUAAA